AUGCAUCGAAGCCCCGCUGCAGCAACGGCAGCAGCAGCAGCUGCUGCUGCUGCAGCCCCGGGCCGCGACAAGCAGCAGCCGACAGCAGCAGCAGCAGCAGCAGCAGCAACAGCAGCAGCAGCAGCAGCAGCAGCAGCAGGGACGAUGGCGAAGAGGGAGAGCGGAGAAGGGUCAUCUGCAGAAUCGCAGAUGCAGGAGCUCUUAAAGAUGGGCGAAGAGCUGCAGCAGCAGCAGGAGACGCUGCAGCAGCAGCUGGCCAGAGUGAAGCAGUCCAGACACCGCAGCGCCAUUGCCAUUAAAAGCGCAGAGGCCGCAGUCCAAAGCGCUUUUCUGGACUUUGCUGCUGCUGCUGCUGCUGCAGAUGCGGGAAGCUCGGCCAGAGUUUUCGUUUUGGAGCCCCGAGGCUCUCUCAUAGAAGACAUGAGGGAAAAGGCAAAAGAGACUCAAGCGGGAAUGGCCCACCUCGCGGCUUUUCUGGACUUUGCUGCUGCUGCUGCUGCUGCAGAUGCGGGAAGCUCGGCCAGAGUUUUCGUUUUGGAGCCCCGAGGCUCUCUCAUAGAAGACAUGAGGGAAAAGGCAAAAGAGACUCAAGCGGGAAUGGCCCACCUCGCGGUCAGCAGCAGCUAG